AAUCGAGUGGGUAAAGGGAGUUCGGUCGACUGCGGCACGUCGACUGACAGACAGCCGGUCGUAGGAUGUGGGGUUACGCAUGGGGCGUGAGAAAAUAAAGUGUGGGAAAGAGUGGGCGUCUCGGUGUAGUAAAACAUUUGAUAUUGUAUGUAUAUAGUGAACCGAACACUUGCAUGCGCCAGUAGCAGAGAUCAUUUCGUAUUGUUGUUGUGUGCGUGAUAAAUAAGCCGAGUUCACGGACCGAAAAGGUUGCAAUGUGUGAGGAAGAGACCGUCGAUUGACCGGAGAUCUCGUGGGAAACGACCUUUGUUAUGUACACUGUUAUAUAGAUUAGUUAAACAAAAAAUCAGUUCUGGAAUUUAAUCGCACGCGAUGGGAGUCACUGGGCUGUGGCGGCUAAUUGAGCCCGCCGGCAAGCCUGUCCCAGUUGAGACAUUAGAAAACAAGAUUUUGGCUGUAGAUAUUUCAAUUUGGUUGCAUCAGAUGGUGAAAGGCUAUCAAGAUGCCAAAGGAGCACCUUUACCCAAUGCUCAUCUUAUAGGAUUGUUUCAAAGACUUUGCAAAUUAUUGUAUUUUAGGAUAAAACCAGUAUUCGUCUUUGAUGGAGCAUUCCCAGAUUUGAAAAAGGAAACCAUUGCUAAACGUCAGGAUAACAAAUCAAGAUACAACUCUCAAUCAGAAAAACUGAAGAGGGAGAUUGCUCUUUUGCUGGGAAAAAAGACGGCAAUCAGUGCCUUAUUAGGCAACCAAAUUUCACCAAAAAAAAAUAAACAAGUUGAAGAUGGAGAUGACCUCUUUAAGUUACCUGCAUUACCUGAAAAAGAAUCCCAAUCAGAAUCUGAAUCAGAUGAUGAACAGAAUUCAAGUGCAUCAACUGUUGAUUUACAUUCUGUGGAUCUGGAGUCCGAUAAGUUUAAAAAUAUGCCUUUGAAAGAUAAAUACGACUUAUUGGUAGAGCUAAAAGAAACUAGAAAAAUGAAUUCUUGGGGAAAAAUUCACACUUUGCCGAAGAAAAGUGAUAACUUCUCAGAUUUUCAAAUGCAAAGGUUGCUAAAGAGAAGGAAACUACAGGAGUGUUUGGAAGAAACAGAAAAAGAAAUAGGGGAAGGUGGAAUGUCCUUAACUGAGCUUGAAUCAUUACUUAAUGAAGAAGGUAUUGAUACUAAACUUGAAAGUCUACCUGGUAAGAGAAUAGCAUCAAAUAAUACAACAAGGUAUUUACUUAUCAGUAGUGUCAAGCAGGCUUUGGAAAAAGCCAAGAAAAAAGAAGAAGCUACGAAACUCGAAGAUCAACCAGGCGCAUCAACAGAUAACAAAGAAGCAUCUUCAAAUCAAGAUGAAUUAGAGGAUGACUUACAGAAAGCCAUAAAAAUGUCAUUAGAAUGUGUAGAUGAAGCUGAUACAAGUGCGUGCGCAUCUAAAACCGAUGACUCAUGGACAUCUCUUUUAACUGAUUCUGAUUAUAGUGAUGAUGAAGAAGCUGAUGGGUAUGAACAACCAGAUAUAUCAUCAGCAAAAGCAUAUAUUAUGCAGUACAGUGAUUUUACACAUAAAGCUAUAGAUCAUAUAGUUGCACACAAAAAUAAGGACAAGCCUAAAGGACCUAAAAUUGAUGAGAUAAUUGAAGAACUUAAUCAGGAAAAAUCAAUCAUUGAGGAACAUAUAGAAUUAACCUCUAGCGAAGACGAAUCUCUUCAGAAAAGUAUUAGUCAAACAGCCUCUAACGAAAAAUCACACUCUGUUGUUGAUGAUAAAAUUGCUCCAUAUACAAUCAAGCUGGAAUAUGAUAGUUUUAAUAUGAACGAUACGCAGUCGUCGGUGGUGUGUGUUGAAAAUCCUAACGAAGAGAUUAUCUCACUUGAAACGAGUAUAGAGGACACAGAAGGGCAAAAUCCGCAAGAGGAACAAGCUAAGUCAAACGUCAGCCUAGAAACUGAAUCCAGUGAAGAUGAUUUUGAAGAAGUAUCUGAUAAUGAAGAAAAAUUAAGAAAGAAUGCCAUUCAACUGACUUUAAAUAUGGUCAAGGAAAUAGAAGAUGAUAUUUUUGCAGAUAUAUUUGAAAACACUGAUAACCAUUCCAAUAUACUUCAAAGUUCAAAGUCGAAAAGUGUAAAUAUAUCACUAAGUGUUCCCGAUGGACCUGUAAAUACAGAAUUAAAGAAUUGUUUAAGCAAGGAGAUGACAGAGCAAGAAAAUCCAAAACCGAUUGAAAUAACGCAAAAGGUAGAAAAUGUUAUCAGUCAUAAUACAUCCACGAAUAAACAAAUAGACGCCGUACCUAAAACCUCUUGUGAGAAAUUACACAACAAACAUGAAAUGUCAUCUGAAAUUACUUCAAAAGAAAUUUGUACAGAAAGUAUUAAUAAAUCAUCAAACAAAGAAUUCUUUACGCUUGAAAACCUUAAUACAUUGGCAUCUGAAAUUGAAAAUCAGGAAGAAGACCUACUGCAAGAGAAGGGGCGACUGGACCGUAUAGGGCGAAAUAUUACACAGCAAAUGACCAAAGAAGCUCAAGAAUUACUACAAGUUUUUGGCAUCCCAUACAUUGUUGCCCCAAUGGAGGCUGAGGCUCAAUGCGCAUUUCUUGAGAAUGCAAAACUAACAGACGGGACGAUUACAGAUGAUAGCGAUAUUUGGUUGUUUGGCGGGAAAACUGUGUAUAGAAAUUUCUUCAAUCAAAAAAAACAUGUUCUCCAAUUUCUGAGCGAAAGGAUAGAAAAAUCGUUUAACCUUAGUCGAGAGCAGUUAGUGCUUCUGUCUCUUCUGGUGGGAAGUGAUUAUACUACGGGAGUAUCAGGUGUAGGUCCAGUUACUGCUUUAGAGAUAUUAGCUUCAUUUCCAUUUAACAAGAAAAAACUAAUAAAUGAACAACCAAAUCAGAAUUUAUACCAAGAACUUGUAACUGGGUUACAAGAGUUUAAGAAAUGGGUUAAAGCAGGAAAACGAACGGAUAAUAUUAGCUUGAAGAAAAAACUUAAAAAUGUUAAUCUUUCUGAUGAUUUUCCGAGUGUACGGGUGGUACAGGCAUACUUGGAACCUAAUGUUGAAAGAAGUGAAGAAAAAUUCACUUGGGGAGAACUAGAUAUAACAAUACUAAGAGAUUAUACAAAAUCAAAAUUUGGCUGGUCCCAAAACAAAUUAGAUGAAAUAAUAAAACCCGUCUUGAAAAGGAUGCUUGAGCGCAAGAGCCAGAAAACAGUUUACGAUUACUUCAAAAGAAAAUUGGAAUUCCAAUCAUUGGAGGAUCAAAUGAGUAAAAGAGUGAAAGCUGCUGUGCAAAAAAUGGACCCUUCUGUGUCUAUUCAAAAAACAAAUGAAUCAGAAAUGACAAAUGAUAAACAAGAAUCUAAACGAAAGCGGAAACCUAACACUAAUAAUUCUAACGAUGCAGGUCCAUCAAAAUCAAAACAAGUGAAGACAACCGCAGCCAAUAAUGAAACAGAAAAUAUUGAUCAAGUUGUUAAAUCACACACAGUGAUAAAUGACUCUGGAAAAGGCUUUGAUGUCAAUGUUCCAAAAAGUGAACGAUACCAGGAAAUUAUACCACAAAGGGAAAAGGACAAGAAAAACUUGUUGGAAAACAAGUUGAAGGCUAUAGAGCUAUUCCGGACAACAAGGAUAGACCGUAAAACGAAAAAAACUAAAAGAAAACUUCCCGUGCCUAAAGAAAAAGCUGAGCUUUCCGAAAGUGAUAGUGAUUAAUUGUAAUAGCUGACUCAAAUUUGUGAAUUCAAGUCUUGUCACGCGAAUGUUUCACACCAAAUCCGAUAAUGUAGAUAUCAGCCAAUAUCGAAAUGCAAUACUGAAAAAUGUGUCGUUUAACACUCAGCUCGUAAUGUAUUUGUAAUAAUGGGCAAUUCCGUUUCCGUAGGCAAUUUGAAAUAGUGGUAUUUGGUAUAGAGUAAAUUGAUCGAUAAAUUUUAAUGUCAAAAUAACUUUUCGUUUCCAAUGUGGUGAAAAUGUGUGAGAUUUCAACCAAAAACACUACUGAAGAAAAGUUGUUUCAAUUUGUUGCAUAUUUUUUAAGAUGCGAGAUAUUUUGUGACGUUCUUUCCCACUACGGAACCAUUCACUGCGGGAUCCGAUGCGCACUUGGUCGGUUUUAUUUUUGUUUAGUGCAUGGUUGUGCGAAACGUUUAAUCAGGCAGUUAUUUGGCAUUAUUAAAAUUGGCUUGUAGAAAAUAAAAAAAACUUUUAUAAAAUAGUC